ACACACACACACACGCACGCACAUUCUCUCUCUCUCUCUUUCUCGCGCGCGCGCGUGUGUUUUAUUAUCCUCCUCGUGCGUCUCUCGCCUCAUUCCCACCGCAGACCUCCAGACCGAGCAGCAUGCAGGUGUCUCUGGCUCUCCUCGUCUCCAGCUCGGUGCUGCUGCUGCUCCAGGGAUGCUGCACCGCCGUCCGGGGAUGGAAGGUACUAAAAAACGACGCCACGGAGAUUUUACCGGAAUACCGGGAGAAUUCACGGACACCUCACGAGGCGAUACUAACGGCGUCCAACAACAACAGCAACACUAUGAAUAACAGGGCGAAAAACGGCGGGAGGACGGCCAACACAGUCUCCUACAGUGCCUCGGAGCUGAGCUGUCGGGAGCUGCGUUCCACCCGUUACAUCACCGACGGGUCUUGCCGCAGUGCCAAGCCCGUCAAAGAGCUGGUGUGCUCGGGCCAGUGCAUGCCGUCACACCUCAUGCCCAACUCCAUCGGCCGCGGCAAGUGGUGGAGGGGCAGUGCCACGGACUACCGCUGCAUCCCGGCCCACUCCCGGACAAGGAGGGUGCAGCUGCAGUGUCCCAACGGCAACACUCGGACUUACAAAAUCCGCGUGGUCACCUCCUGCAAGUGCAAGCGCUUCAGGCCCCACCACAACCAAUCAGAGGCCAAGGAGGUGCCGAAGACGCGAAACAACAAGAAGCACAGUCGUUUGCCUCAGGACAGAAACAAGAACAACACGCCGGCACUCUUGGGCAACUCGUACUGAUGUUCCUCUUCAGGACACCAAAGCACACUCACACACACGUUACACAACACACGUCUCCUUCAGAUAGGGAGGAGGCGCAAAAGAAAUUACAAAGAGAGCAAAUUCAUAAGCUAAUGGGCUGGUUUUACGUCAUCAGUCUUUUAUUUUUCAGCCACUUGUUCAGCAUAUUUGUGAACUUUGCUGCUUAUUUGCAUGACAGAAUGAGUCUGUGACUGGUCCGGAGAUGUAGCACCACGUCAGAUAAUACGAAACAAGUAUCUGAUCACCCCAACAGCUCCAAACCUCCCCGGGCUUGUCCUCCACGCAAACAGAUUCCAUUUAAUGAGAAGUCCUCCCCGAGGCUUCGAGCCCAUCUGUACAAACAUCCAGCGGAUGCAGAGCUACGCCACAACACAUCCUCUGUUUAAGGCUGAAAAGGUGUAUCUUCGCUCCAAAGUGGUUGUAAUCCAUCUCCUUUUGGCCGUGUGUGUGUGGAGGAGAUGGUGGCAGCUCUGGGGGCUCUGACGGUGGGAUGUUGACAGGGUUUGGCCUGUGCGGCGGUCCAGGCAGCGCUCUGACAGCACACUAAAGGCCUCGCUCAUCAGGACAGCCCCACAGAGCUCUGCAGCCCCGGCCAGGCCUGUCAGUUACAGCCGUUCCCACAACUAGAUACAAAGAGACGGAGAAACGGAGCGGAGAAGCAGUUUUGACACCACGGGGGCACUGGGCACUCCUGUGACUCCUCUUAAUUACUAAAUGAGCUCAUUCCUGUGUUAUUUGAGUCAUAAAAAGCCAUUUCCUCUAGACAGUUCCUGUUUGCUGGACAGAAAAAAGUGCACAUGUGUGUAGGAGGCAUCAGAAAAUUGAGCGUGGUUGUGUUGUUACCUAGGGGCAGAGCGCUCCAGCAGCACGCCCACACCCGAAUUCUUUUGCAAACAGAGCAGCGAUCGACCGUCCGAAGCCAGAAUCCAUCCGCUGUGUUCGAGACACUUCCACUCCCUCUCUGCUCCCACUCUGUAAAUAGCUCAAACAGGAAACAUAGGAAUAAGAAUAACAUAAUGGAAACAGUUUUUAUCAUUGUAUAGACUGAAUCUGCAGACAACACAACCUCCUUCCUCCGAAAUGGGACUGUGUACUUCAUGAAGAAUAUCACAAUGUUUCCGCAUAUUGUCCGCUCAUAUUGCUUCCUGAUUAUUUUUUUGGUUGUCUAGACUGUGUUGACAAUGUUUGCAUCUUUUCCCGAUUGUAUGUUUUGAAAUAGCAACUGGAAAGGGUUUGUCGAGUAAGCUGCAACUCAGUCGCCAGAAAAAAAGGUUGGCAUUGUACGUUUCUGCAAACCACGGAUAUGUUACUGUUGUACAUUAUGCAUCAGACACAUUGAAACUUAACAUUUCGUUAUGUUUUAACAAUGCUGUGGUUAAGCUGUUUAUUGUCAUAAAAAGAUCAUAUUUUUUUAAUAAAAACCUAACUAACUCAAUUCUGGCUGGAAAAGCAGCUGUUACAAAAAAUGUCACUAUUCCAGCUGGAAACACAGUGAUGUCUCUGUUUAAAACAACAAUUUUUUGUGGCAAAAUCUCAUUAGGAAAAGCAGUCAAGUCUUAAAAACAUACACUUUUGUGGAACUAUACCCAUUAAAAACGCAGCGAUGUCUCAGUAUAAAACAACUGCUUUUAAGUUACGGUAAAAAUCAACUGCUUUUUCAUGGCACAAUCACAGCUGAAAAUGCAGCGAUGUCUGUAGAAAACACACACUUUUCAUGCCAACAUUCUGGCUGGAAAUCAAGCGGCGUUUCUGAUAAACAGCUGCAUUUUGUGACACUAUCCACGGUGGAAAUGCAGGGAUGUCUCGGAGAAAAAAAGGAAUGCUUUUCUUAGCAUGGACUUGAAAUACAGCGAUGUCUCUGCAAAAAACAAUAUUUGUGGUGGUAUUCUGGCUAGAAAUGCAGUGAUGUCUUGUUAUGAACACAACCCCCUUUUCGUGGCACUAUUCUGGCUUGAAAUGCAGCAGUGACUGUUAAAAAAAACACUCUUUGUGGCAUUGUUCCAGCAGGAAAAGCAGCUUUGUUUUGGGAAAAACAAUCAUUUUCGUAACAUUAUCCUAGUCUGAAAGCAGUGAUGUCUUUUGGUAAAAAAACAGCUGCUUUUCAUGGCACUAUCCUAGCAGGAAAUGCAUUCAUGUUACAUUAACAAAAGAACUGCUUUUUGUUGCACUAUUCUAGCUGGAAAUGCAGUGAUGUCUUGACAAAAACAAAACGUUUUUUUGUGGCACUAUCCUUUCUGGAAAAACAACGAUAAGUUGGUAAAAUAACAGAAACUGGUGGUCUAAAUUCCACUGGAAACUUAGCAAUGUUUUUCUAAAACACAACCGGUUUUGUUUGCCGUUGGUCUUGGACGGUGGCCUGCAGCUUGGCAGGCGUCUCAUAUACUCUGUCAGAAAGAUUUAUGACAUGUACGAAACAUACAACUGUAACAUGUUAGUGGUUUGCACAAACAUACAACAUUUUCUCCUGGCGACUGCGCUGUGAUCUGAGAGCUGUGAUUGUACAUAUCAUACCUGUGUGGUUUCACUGCGGCGGCGCCCUCACCUGACGGGCUGGUAAAGAGAAGCAGGGAGGGGCUGGGUUGUUUUCUACAGACACAAAAGAAGGACUAUUAUAAAGAAUGAACUGCAUAUUUAUUUUUUAUUUCCACAUUUAAAUUAUUUAUGCAACCUUUUGUAGUAAAUGAUAGCCAUUAUUGUCAUAUAGUAUGAUAGAGACUUUGGAAAUGAAAUACUGUACAGAACAUGAAUAAAGUAAAGGCAGAUAUAUUUGAAA